CAUGAUAUGGCAUAGAGAUAUUGAACGAAAUGAGCAUAAAAUGCAGCCAAUUCGCUAGACUGGCAUCAAUCGACAAGAUGUCUUCCAAAGCAAUCGUGUUCUUUGCUCUCCUAACGGUGGCUUUCGCUGGUCCUACAGGAAUUCAAAAACCACAUCUCGGUUUUCGAUUGCCACAGUUCUCACAGUUCUCGCCACAAGUAGUCGGAGGCGAUGAGGCUCCAGCAAAUGAAUAUCCAUUCAUUGCCUCUCUUCAGGCAUACGGUAGUCAGCACUAUUGCGCCGGAAUAAUUUUAGACGAGAACUGGAUCAUGACUGCAGCGCACUGCAUCGACGCAAAUUAUCCCACUACUUGUAAAGUUGGAAAGCACAACAUUCAAAAAUCUGAGGAUACCGAACAAGCAGUUGAAAUUGAAAAAACUUUUAUGCAUGAACAAUAUGGAGGUGGUGUUGGCCCAUAUGAUAUUGGUUUGAUCAAACUUAAGACUCCAUUGAAGUUCACAAAUGAAGUACAACCUAUCAAAUUGCCAAAACCUGAAAGCGAUCCGGUUGGAGAUGCAAUACUUGCCGGAUGGGGCUAUAUCACGGGAGGCUCGAUGCCAGAUAAACUUCAACAUGUUGAUUUGGAAUACGUCGAUCGCGCUACUUGCCAUAAAGCUGUCGAGGAUCUGACAGGAUCUUCUCCCGUUCAUGAGACUAAUGUCUGUACUGGACCAAUGAGCGGUGGAAUCUCUGCAUGCAAUGGUGAUUCUGGUGGUCCACUAUUCGAGAAACAGGGCGAUAACUACGUGAUUACUGGAAUAGUGUCUUGGGGCAUUAUUCCGUGUGGUACUGUCGGCGCGCCAUCCGUGUACACUAGAGUAUCAUCCUUUAAUGACUGGAUUGAAAGUAUAACGAAUAAUAACUAAGCACAAUUAUAUCGGCGACUUUAAUGAAUACUGAUAACGGAUUGUUGUACCUUAUAUAUUCAAUGUAACCAA